AUGCACCCGCUGAAUCCAUUCCUACGGGCCUUCUUUCGAAGCACACUUCCUGCGCAGUGCGCCCCCGUACAGCACCAUAUCCUUCUGGUUCCGACCACCGAGUUCUUACUCAACUCCCGCGAUCGCGACACCAACGCAGCUUACGCCGAUCUCGCGGGCUCCGAGGACUUUCUUGCCAGCCAUGUCCUUCGGGUGCCCGGCGGCAUUGGGCCGUCGACGCGAGGGAAAGAUGGCGCCUUCCGAGAUAACAGAGGGAAGGCAAAGCAGUAUACCACAGCAAAUGGCCGAACGGUGAUCAUCAAGGAUACGUUCGUGUACAGCAACAAGGGUUUCAAGAGCUUGAAUCAAGCGCAGCUGGUGAACGAUGCUAUCUUCUACCCUGAUACGUUCGAUGCGCAGCCAUGGCUGGUCUACUACAUUACCAAGCCAUUGAUCGGAUCACCCGAGCCCGUGCUCAUCAAACCCGCCACACUCGAGCCAGCGAAACCAGCAGUGCAGGACGCCUCUACAAGCAUUGCGAAUGGUUCUGCUUCAAAUGUACCGCGAAAGAAAGAAGUCAAGUCCUUCGGGGAACUCCUGAACCACUUCCCGAUGAUCGCGAGACAAAUGCAGCCCGGGCUGGAGCGCCUCUUCAAGGAGUUUGGGCGUGAAGUGGAGAAGCCGCUCCCGGCACUUCCACCAGCGCCGCAAUCCACCAAUUCGUUGCGCCGGAGUUCGAUGUCCUCGUCAACGGAGAGCCUUUCAUUGUCUCUGCAUAGCAGCCUGUCCAAUGGCGCGCACAUACACUUUUCUGCUCUGGAGCUUGACGAGAAUGAGGACUUCAUGAGACGGUCCUUGGAGACUGCUGUAACCGGCGCCAUAGAUCUGUUCCAGGAAGUGGACAAGCAGCAGCUGUCUUUACUGGGUGCCACGACUGACCUUACCGGGCCGAUUGUUGAACGUAUGAUUGAGCGCUAUGUCACGGAGCAAGUACACGACUCCGUUCUCUUUCCGAAAAUCCGGACGAUUCGUCGUGUUGAGGACAUGGAGUUGGACUCGAACAUCCGGCAAAUGGUUGAUGUGGAUAUUGCGCAAGUCGGCAUAUCGAUCGAUAACAAUUCGCAAGUCAAGCGAGAGCUUACGGUCCGUGUUUCAAAGGGUGUAGAAGCAUUUAAGAAGAUGGGUGUAGCGGGCAGUCCUCAGGAGAUGAUGGACGUGCUUGUUGCAACUCAGAAGGCGAUCACGAUGCCACAACCAAGCGAAGAGGGCGGGAAAGUGGCUUUGGCCAACGGGAUGGUAGGCCCGACCUCCGAAAAGAAGAGUACGAGCCUCACCAUCAACGCCGACACUUUGGUCUCCUUACUACUUGUCGUCGUCAUUCGAUCAUCCGUGCGGCAUCUUAAGGCUCGAUUGUCAUACAUGAAGCACUUCAUAUUCGUCGAAGAUGUCGAAAGCGGAGAGAUGGGCUACGCCCUGAGUACUUACGAAGCUGUACUGUCAUAUCUAUCAAGUGAUCCCGGUGGGCUCAGGAGAGCGAGCCGGAGAAACAGGAAGCUGUGGCAAGCGACGAGGAGUGGAGAUAUUGCCGAAAUCCAAGCCGUGCUGGAGCCCAACCGUGCUUUCGACUAUGCCAGUGGUCCCGUAGAAGAUACAGAAGUGACGCCAAAUGAUGCGAUGCUUGUGAACGGGAUUACCGUAGAGCACACGGUGGACCACGAGUUCGUGAAUGGUACGGUACGCAACGGAGACUUUGUAGGAGAAGGAAGUCGCCGAGCUUCAGUGCAUAUCGAGGAGCCACCGCCGACUGGAGAUCUGGCCCACGUCUUCCCGUUCCAAAGAGCGCAUACACCACCGCCGUCAGCAAUCCCAAGGCCCAAGAUAAAAAAGCGGGUAUCAAUGCAGAGUCGAAGUACUUCGAGCUCGUCCGGCUAUUCGAUGAGAUCCCGGGCAAAUACAGUCGACUCGCGAGGCAGCGGUAUUGAAGGCGAUACCUCGAUCGAGAGGCUAUCCAGAACGCACAGUUCCGGCGGCGAGUCCGUGCUCAUGAUGGCCGUUGAAAGCGGGCAGCAAAAGUCGCUGCAGUAUCUGUUGAGUUUGGCCCAGUACUAUCCGCUCGAAGUCGUCCUUGAGGACUGUGAUAAUGACGGUACGACUCUGUUGAGCACAGCUAUCCAGUUGGGUCAUACAAAUAUUGUUGAUAUACUUCUCGACUUCAUCGCGGAUCAUGCAGAGGGCGACGAGGUCAUCAAGGCCUAUGUGUCGCGUCAGGAUAACAAAGGCCGGUGCGCAGCGCAUUACCUCUUCAAUCAGCCUCGCUUGAUAGCAAGGAUAGGACACUUUUUACCAUGGCGGUUGAAGGACAAGAACGGCCAGACACCGCUAUUUGCGCUGUGCAGAUCGUACGAUCAUGAAGAGUACCGCUCAAUGAUCGACACAGCACUGACUGCCGCCACCGAAAGUCAAGCGGACGGGGAGCCACUUCACCUGGAUGACCACAUCGACGGUAAAGGCAACACGUUGCUGCACAUCGUCAACGAUCCUCAAAUAGCAGCGAGGCUGCUUUAUCGCUGUGAUGCUAACAGCAAUGCCGCGAAUGAUAAGCACUUCACGCCCCUCAUGGUUGCCAGCAAAUAUGGACGGACAGAUCUUGUUCGUGUGAUGUUUGGCGACGCUAGGGUGGACCUGCAUGCGAAGGACCUUCGGGGACUUACGGCGGUGGAGUUGGCCAAGGAUGACGAGGUUCGGAAUCGGAUCGACGACCUUGUGCUGCUCUCCAACGUACCAGCUGCCGACGGACGUAUCACCACUGUUGUGCGGUCUUUCUUUGUCGAGGAUGGCACCAUCAGGCUUGUAAUAAAGUCUGGGGCACCAAAUGACAACUCUACGAUUACGGUUACGACAUGUCGAAGAUCUUUGACGGACUUCGAAAAUCUGGCUAAGCUGUUGGCUAUGGAGCAGCCAGCAUCUUGGCUGCCAUCAGUUGCAAAUUUCCCUUCACCAUUCCUCAUACCGUCCAAGCCGUCACGAGUAGUGCUGCGCGAUAUCCAGGUGAAGCUUGACGGCUUCUUGAAGAACUUGCUCUCGCACUCGACCUUCUCGACCCACGAGAUGGUCUGGGAGUUCUUUCUGGUGCCCGAAAUCGAGCACACCAUGCUCGCGGAGCGCAGCCGAAAGAAAGCCGAAGCGCGGGUCGAAAGAGUCAAAGACGAGUACGACCCCAUCUCCGACGUCCGCGAAGUCGAGCUAUUCGUCCAACACGCGCGCGAAUCCGUCCGCAGCCUACACCACGCGACGCGCAGCGUGAUCCGGCGCGUCAAUCGGCUGCGCUUCGCGCACUCCGACUUCUACGACGCCACGACCAUGGCCUCCUCCGCCAUCUCUACUCUCACCUUCCUGCCGCAAUCCCACAUCACGGCCCUCGACCGUUACGUCAAGACUCUCGCCCAGCCGGAAUUCCCCCCGCUGGCAGCCUUCUACUACAAUAUCCACGCCAUCUUGACAACCGUGACCGCGAUCCUGACAGCGCUCGCCCGCCCCGCCUCCCUCAUCGGCUCCAUGUCCGCAUCCCAGAAAGCAAUCGACAGACACAACCAGUCGCUCCGUCGCAGCGACCGCUGGCCGCUCGGCCUGCUCGAUGACACGCGCCACCGCAUGCAGCGCGACGCGGGGGACAAAGUGGAUAAGGCGCAGCAGGAGCUCGAGAGCUUGGGAAAGGAGCUUAGGUAUACGCAGCAGACUGUUGCGGGCGAGUUGGCGGCGUGGCAGGAGAGUAGGGUUAGGAUGGGGAGGAUGGCGUGUAGGGAGCUGGCGAGGAAGAUGGUUGUGGUUGAGAGGGCGAGGUUGGAGGGCAUGAGGAGGGCGGUUAGGGGGUUGGGGUUGGGGAGAAAGGAUGGGACGCAACAGGAUUCAAGCCGAGGGUCAAGCGGCUAG